AAUAAAUCGUCAAUUAAUUCUUCUUAUUCCGUCAACAUUUUCUAUUUUUAGGUUAAUUAUAAUUAAUUACAGAAACAUUUUAUACAAAUGGUUUUUAACGCUUAAUUAAUUAAUAAGCAAAAUGAAGUAUUUGAAUAUAGUCUGUUUAAUAAUUUUACUUAAUUUACUAGUCGAGGUUACGUGCGUUAAUAAGUACAGUAAAGAGGCAAAUAAAGAUGUUAAAAAAGAAAAGAAAAAUGAUAAACCCAAACUCAAAAAAAGUGAUGAUAAUAUUGAACCGAUAGAUUUUCGUCCUGUCUCCCUUAAACAUUUGGACAGGCCCUUUCGCAUGGCCAAAUUAAAUUUGUUGUGGUCAAAAGCAGUUUUGAGAUUGUCAGAAUCUAAACUAAAGUCGAUAUUCAGCGAGCUAAAAGUACAUGAUAAAGAGGAAAUAACUUGGAAACACCUUCGUGCAGAGGGCAAAGACAAAGAUGGAACUAUGGAAGCUAAGCUAAGAAAAAAACUACUAAUAAUAAUGGAAAAUUAUGGUUUGAUGGAUCAAGCUGAUGACCUUUCUGAUGAUGAAAAAAUUAAAAGAUGGAAACCUUUAAAUGAAGCUGGUGAUAAUCAUAUCAACAAAAGUUUAUUUAAGGAUAAAAAGUUAAACAAAUUGUGGGAGAAAGCUGAGAGAGCCGGUUUUACACAAGAAGAAUUAUUAGCUUUGAAAGAGGAGUUUAAUCAUCAUCAAGAUAAGAUUGAUCAGUAUUAUUCAUUGUUACAUGAUGUUAAAGGGCAACCAGAAGAUUAUGAGGGAAAUGCAGUGGAAGAUUCUUUAGACAAAUAUAACAAAAUCGAAGUACAAGAAGAGAAUGAAAAAGAACCAAAUAAAGAUUAUCUUGAUCAAGUAAAUCUACUAAGAGAAAAGCAUAAAGACAUUAAAGAUGGAUUCGACCAUCUUCAUUUACUUUCAGCCAAAGGUCCUGCAAGUAAAGAAUUCGUAGAGCCAAAAGUGCAAGGUUUAUGGAAGAUCGCUCUAGAAAGUAAUUUUACUCCAAGUGAGCUACAUUCAUUGAAAACAGAGUUAUUACAUUAUGAAAACAGGUUGUUAAAGUUGAGGCAUCUUCAAGUAGAGCAUGCUUUGCAUGAAGAGAAAUAUAAAGAAAAAGAAAAAAUGGGGAUAUCAGGUGGAAAAAUUGAUAAGGCAUCUUUAAUGGUUGAUAAUAUUAAAAAACAUGCUAGGAAGGUCGAAAAAAUACAUUUAGAUAUUGAAUCAAGAAUAUUAAAUAGGCAUGUUGAAUUGUAAACAUGUACAAUUGGAAUACGAUUCCUAUUUUGAUGCCAAAUUUCUCAUUAGGUAUAGAUGUUUAUGUAUGUUGUGUCUCCUGUAUAGAUUUUAUUUAAUUAUUAAUAUUUUUCUACUUAAUAUUGUAGUAUAAACAAAGUUAAUAAAUGCUAAUUUGAAAUU